UGUGAGGACUGCUAGUCGCUGUUGGAGGAGGAACCUUCGGAAGUCUGGCCUUCCUCGACCGAGUAGGCUGGGUCCUUCGUCGGCUGCAGACCCUUGGACUCAUCAUUUAUUUCUGUGGUAUUUGGUCAUAUUAGGGGUGCUCGUUUUUUUAACUCCUGUAGAUAUUUGAGGAGUUGGCUCAUUUUAAACGUAUCUUAUUCUGCGGUCCGUUAGAAGUCAAUUACCUCUGUUGUACUAUCACGACUAUUACUAUUACGAUUACUGAAUCACACAUUUUUGGAACAAAAUGCAACGGGUGCAGUUUUUGAAAGACUCGUUUGCUGGUUUGGAUGCUUUCCAAAAGCAGAUCGUGAUUGGGACAAGUGUGGCUGCAGGGGUUGCACUGGUGUACAUGCUGCACAGACGAUGCCAAAAAGUCCAAACUAUUCCUCUUGGCGAAGGAUGGUGGGGAGCAGGCGAGAGGCCACAGUCAGAGGAUGACAAGAUCUAUUCCUUUGAGAUUCAAACCUCAGAUGAUGAAAUUAAGGACCUCCAUGAGCGCAUUGACAAAACCCGCUAUGCUGAUCCGCUGGAAGACAGCGCCUUCCAGUAUGGGUUCAAUUCAACGUACCUUAAGAGUGUGGCUUCCUACUGGAGACAUGAGUUUGAUUGGAAAAAACAAGUGGCAGUGCUUAACAAAUAUCCACACUUCAAAACCAAAAUAGAAGGAAUCGAUGUUCAUUUCAUCCAUGUGCGUCCUACUCAACACAAGAAUCAAAAGGUUGUCCCACUCAUGCUUGUCCACGGCUGGCCAGGCUCCUUCUUUGAAUUCUACAAGAUCCUGCCACUUCUCACAGAGAACCACAAUGGUAUUACCUUUGAGGUCAUAUGCCCAUCUAUACCUGGCUAUGGUUUCUCUGAGGCGCCUCAUAAACAAGACUUUAACACUCUGGCUGCUGCUAGAAUUUUCUUGAAGCUGAUGGAACGUUUAGGGUUCUCCCAGUUCUAUCUGCAGGGAGGAGACUGGGGCUCUCUCAUCACCACCAACAUGGCACAGAUGAAACCUCAGUGUGUGAAAGGCCUCCAUUUAAACAUGUUUAAUGUAACAAAAGGGUUUAAAGUGAUGUUGUCCCUCCUGAUUGGCCCAUACCUGCCCUUCUUGGUGGGCCUGAGUCGUGAAGAUGUCCGCCGCUUGUUCCCGUUCUUUGAAAAGAAUGUGUGGGAAAUCUUGAGGGAAUCUGGGUACUUUCACAUUCAGGCUACUAAACCUGACACAGCAGGCUGUGGAGUGAAUGACUCUCCUAUAGGCUUGGCUGCCUACAUUCUAGAGAAGUUCUCCACCUGGACUGACAUGAAGAACAGAGACCUGGCGGAUGGUGGAAUGGAAAGGAAAUUUAGCCUGGAUGACCUCCUGACAAACGUUAUGAUCUAUUGGACCACAGGCUCCAUUGUCUCAUCCAUGCGCUUCUACAAAGAAAACUUCAAGAACAAUCCAGAGAAAAGAGUGGAUGCAAGGACCAGGAUAUUUGUUCCGACUGGCCUGGCUGCAUUCCCCGGGGAGCUGAUGCACUGCCCUAAAUCAUGGGCCCAUAUUAGGUUUUGUAACAUUGUGUCCUACACGUUCAUGCCUCGCGGUGGUCACUUUGCUGCCUUUGAGGAACCUCAGCUGUUCACCACUGAUCUCAUUCAGUUUGUUCAAAAAGUGGAGAAGCUUUAAACGUGCAUGCUCUCCUCAGUGGAUAAUGUAUCAUUCCUAUAAUGGAAACAAAUGGGUGGAUUAGUAUCUAUGAAGGUGUACUCUUCGGGGUUGAUCCGAAUUUAGGUUGCUUAGUUUCGUGUCUAAUGAUGGUUGGUGCUGUUUUUCUUCCUGAUUAGACGUCCCUAAUUGGUCCUGUAUGCUUCUUUGUUUCCAAGAUCAUUGUUUACACUACCAUGUUCUAUGUAAUGUACUCUUAGACACACAGAACUGUGAAGCACACUUAAGUGCAUCCAAAUAACAGCAAUAUCAUGACUGGCACUUUCACAUCAUGCUUUAAAUUGUAAUGCACUAAUGUAAAAUGUAAUUUAAAUAGUGCACCUUUUCCUCUAAGUUGCAUUUCAUAUUGCAUUGUUUCUUAUUUUGCACAUUACUGAGGGUCUCUCUAAUCUAUAAGAAUGUUUCAAACUACAAAGUAAAGUAAUAUUAAGUAAUUCUCACAGUAAAACAAAUCAACAUUUCCUGUUUAUUACGUUUUAGUGAUUUUGCAAUGUGUUAUACACCAUGUCAAAAAAGCAUUGAAAAAUAUUGAAACAGGAAGUGAAUAUAUUUCACAGGAAAGUGCUUAUGAAGCCAAAACGUGUUUUUACCAAAGAAAUGACAAAAUAAAAGUACUCACAUAAUAAAACAUUUUUGUCAUA